UAUAAAUUAAAAACUUAAUAAAAUAUAUUGUACUUCCUCCCUUGUAAACUGAGUAUAUUUAGAUAUUAGCGAUUUUUUAUUGUCUUUAGUAAAUAAGAAAAAAAUGUAAGUCUACAGAAUUUUAUGCAAUUUUCUUUGCGCAGUCUCGCUACGUAAUUAUAAGCAUAUCAUACUUGCGCAAAGAAAUCAUUUCAUUUGUUGUGAGAUCAUAAGUUUACACUUACGUCGUCAAGACGACGCAUUGACUUUCUUACUGUUAAGACAUACGUGUACUUGAUCCGACAAAUGUAUCGUUGACAGUAACAAUCGUCAACGUAUCACGACACGUAUCGCUUUUGCAAAAAUGUCUCUACACUCGGCACCUAUCUUAUAUUUAAAUAUGGGCGGUGAAAUGUUGUACGUUCUGCGACAGAGGCUGACAAAAUUAAAGAAGAUCGACGUUGACAAGACAGCACAAGUAUUAGACAAUAUAACCAGCAAUUUGCUAAAUUCCAAGAUAUUAUCGUCGAUGUUCGAAAAGUCGCCGAUGGUUGACAUGUUGCAAUUGCGUCAUAUUUUGGAAAGCGUCGCUCUUUCAACCAUAGUAAAGCUGGAUAAAAACAGCAUGGACAAACUGUUCGAUUUGAUGAUCAUGAUGGUAAAGUAUCAAUUAACGGUGGCCACCGGACCCAGGGAAGUUGUUUUCAUUACCUUGAAUCACUUAGACGCGAUGCGCGCCAUGGUCAGCGACGUGAACGCGCAGGAGUGCGUCAGUCUGGUGCAUCAGAUGGUCGUAGAUUAUUAUGGUUGCUUGACCUGUGAAGAAGUGUGGCUUGCGCGACAGUGCUGUCUGAAGAUAUUGGAACCGUAUAACGUACGACUCUCGAUCCUUUUGCGAUACGGUCUGCAAAACGCGGACGCCAGCUUUAAUAUGACGCUUCGCGGGUACGACGAGAAAUACACAGAGAAGAAAAACAUCCUGGCUAAUAUAAGAUUAAAAGACGUGAAUCCUGAAACAAGUUGCGACGGAUCCUUCGAUCAAUUCGGCGACAGAAAAACUAUGUUGGGCAAGAAUAUAUAUUUGCCAACGUAUGGCAUAACGGACAAUACAAAACGAGACAGUCAACAGUUCUUGAGAGACUCUGGAAAAGGAGAGUUGGGUAUGUUAGCCAUUCAGCUGGGUACUGAAGAAGCCAAUUACGAACGUCCGUUUACUCUCAAUCUGCUAUCAAACGCGGACGAAGAGAACGCGAAUAAUGUGAAAGACGAAAUCAAAAUCGAUGGGGAAACGGUUAAACGAAAUAACGAAGAAAUUAGAAAACCCAAGUUAAAUGAAGACUACAAAGCCAAACUUGACAAUGUGUAUGCUGAUUUUUUUGAAGACGAGAGCGAGCUGAAACGUAGCACGAAUCUGCUCGAUCUUCUCGAUGAGAUAGAGUAAUCUAGAACUUGACGACUGAUAAAACGUGUCACCCAUCGCAAAAUUAUUCUUUUCUAUACUUCCUGCAUAUUUAUA